AUGGCCCCAUCUACCCUCCCGCUCCCUCGACCCCCUGGCACCCCUCCACCCACCGACGACAACGUCGAUGGCCGGCCCAAAGGCCUUGGCCUCGACGGCCCAACGAUCACGACCGACUACGACUAUGACAUCCAAAAGGGCAUCACAGACUCGCCCAGCAAAGAGCCGGAUUCAGGCAGGACCUACGACUCCGGCAGCAGCAUGCUCUCGCCUACGCACUCGACCUUCUCCGGGCUGAGCCCCAACCCAGGCUUCUAUACCCCUAUCACACCACAGACAGCAAGUACGGAUGGCGGGUUUCCACAGCAUGCUUCACUUGAGCCGUCGGCGGCAGGAGGCCAGCGCAAUCCAUUCAACUUUACGACCCAACAGUACGAACAUGUCGUCCGCAAACCCAGCAACGAAGCGCUGGGAAAACGCCGCGGCCACAAAUACAGGCACUCCUCUAUCCAUGCCUCUGCUAUGGACUCCAUCAUCCAAGCACCAACCCAACGAACUCCCCUGACGGUCCCCUCCUCCCUCCCCAUCCCCACCCGCAAAGAGACCUGGCGCUCCCUAACCCCCCACCAAACCCUCCGCCUCGCCUGGUGCGCCUGCCACUUCCUCGUCUCGGCCUUCGUCCAAUUCUCCGCCGCGGGCUCCCUCUCCAUGACCGCGCUCUCGCGCCUCCUCCUCUUCGACGCCGCCGGCGCCACCGUCUGCGUCGUCGUCGACGUCAUGGCCAACUUCGAAGUCUGGCAGCGCAGCAGCAUCAAGCACCCGUUCGGGCUCGCGCGCGCCGACGUCCUCGCCGGCUUCGGCAUGGCCGUCUUCAUCGCCUUCAUGGGGCUGGACAUCCUGUCCCACGGCAUCGAGCACGCGCUCGAGAACCUCGGGACACACGAACCGCACACCUCCCACGCCCACGGGCGCCUGCCCAUGUUCCGCGUGGACGUCGCGAGUCUCCUCUCCAUCUGCGCCACGCUCACCUCCGCCCUGCUGCUGCAAAACCACAAACGCAUCGGCAAAGCGACAAACUUCACUCUAAUAGCCAGCUGGGGCCGCAUCCUCGGCAACCCCUCGCACAUCCUCACGCUCUCGUGCUCGCUGAUCCUGCUCAUCCUGCCCCUCUUAUCCUCCGACGAAAGCCACAGCUACUACACCAUUUUCGACACCACCUUCUCCUUCCUCAUCGCCUGCCUCAUGCUCACCUUGGGCCUGCGGUUGGGAACCUCCCUCGCUGCUCCUCUACUAAUGUCCUACAAACCCCCCGCCUCCGGCAAGCACAAAGACGUCAGCGUGCGCGAUAUCGUGACCGAAAUCGAAGGCGAGAGCGGCGUGAGCGGGGUCGAGGAGGCGAAGUUCUGGCAGGUGCAUUAUGGGCUCUGCAUGGCGAAUUUGAAGCUGAGAUGGCGAGGAGGGGGAGGGGCGGAGGAGAUGAGUAAGGUGAGGGGAAGGGUGGUGAGUUUGGUGCGGCAGAGGUUGGGGGGGAAGUGGGAGGUAAGUUUGCAGAUGGCGGUGGAGAGGGAUUAG